AUAGGGAACCGAUAAAGAUUCGUUGUAAUGGUGGCUGCAAAUCUGCAACCAUAUUAGCACGAAAUAUUUAACGGUGUGAGGGAUCAAACGAAGGAUGGUUGGUUGGUCAGGUCUUUUGAAAAUUUUAGGUCAAUCCUUUUUCAAUCCAAGCUCAAGAAGUUCCCAGAUGGGUUGAUUUUGAACUCCGAUUAGUAAUUAAACAUUGGUGUGGCCAGAGAAACGGUAAAAAAACUGUACAAUCAAACACAUCUUUGCUCUAGUAAUCUUAAAUAUUUGUUUGCAUAUGUUUGUACAUAUCUUGGCAUAAGUUUGACACUUGUUCUCCGCGAUUGUUGUUUUGCUUCCAAUUUUUUAUUGUUUCCUAAUCACGGUCUGUGUUCAUACUAUUUUAAAGAAAGUUUCGUCUUCCUUGCUUUCCUGGCAGUGCUAAAUAAGCCAUGUAUCGCAGGUUCAGCUUCGUGCUGGCGCUGACUUGCUUUUUGUUAGCAACGAAACAUUGCAUCGCCCUCCCAUCAUACGACGGGAGUCCCGUAUCGAACGUUCCACUCUACACGGAUGGAAUCUACUUUGAAGAACUGAAAACGAUUAAAGUGCAGGUAAGCUCGUGGACUUUACGAGCUGAAUAUGAUAUAGCUCUGUUUAUAGAGGAAAUUGCCACGGCAAACAAUACCGUGGCUAACCUGUUGAAGGCGUGUGCAGAGAUGCGAGACAAACGCAUAGGGAACUGCGACGGAAUUAAUAACAUUCUCGGGCUGACAAAGGAGCUGAACGAUUUCAGCAUACUGCUGGCUAGUUUUUGUGAAGAUGAUAAAACCACGGGGAGAAGAAUGAAGCGAGGCAUUUUUCGUUCCUGGUUUGGAUUGAUGGACGAUGAGGAUAGAAGCGACAUCCAUAGCAAAUUCGAUCAGGUGAAUCACCAGCUCACCAUUGAGUCAUCUUCGCUUAGGAUGUUCUAUAACACCACCAACGAGGCGCUGGCCGUACUGUCGGGAAACACGUUCCAGGUUGAUCCAAAGCGACCGCACACGAUCGAUUUCACACGCGAAGGGCAACUGUUGCUGAUGGACAUUUUGCUGAACAAAAUUAUUGCUAAGAAGAAUCUGUUCAUGCAACUGCUACAAACCACCACAUCGAUGGGGCUGACCGAUAGCAUUAUCUCUCCGACGCAACUACUUGCGGAGUUACAGAAGGUGCAAAAGUUCCUUCCGGAAGAAUUUAUCUUUCCCGUAGAGCUGCAGCUACGCGAAAUGCUUAAACUGUACCCACUGUCAAAGAUAAUCGCAAACGUCGAUGGGUGCCGGGUGGUAGUUAAUAUAAUGAUACCGCUAUGCAAUCGUUUGCUAUACCGUACGCUAAAGGGAACGAGCGUGCCCAUGCUGUCCGAGGGUAUCAUGAAAAUGUACGUGCUGGAGCGAGACAUUAUGGCGUUCAAUGCGACAUCACACACCGGAAUGGUAAUGACGUUCGAUGAGUACAAACAGUGCAUCCACCUGACGGACUUUACGCUCUGCAAUGCUCAUCACCUUAUGCGCAAUCUUUCCACUACGGACGACUGUAUUGUAGCGACAUACUUCAACGCGACGGAUCGCGACUCGGAUUGUCGCCUGUCGCGGGUACAGCUGCGCAACCAGCUGUGGAUACAGUUGGCCAAUCCGAACGUAUGGAUUUACGUUAUGCCGAACCUUACCGUCAUCACUGUACAGUAUUCCUCCAAUCGGCAGCAGGCACUAACGCUGCACGGUGUCGGAAUGCUGAAACUACUGAAAAUGUGCCACGUACGUUCGAUGGACGUAUUGCUACAGUAUGUGCCACAGCUGGGCGGUACGAAAAUAAGUCUCGCUUCCGAUGGUUUUAGUCUACCGGUUAAGAUCACACGCGAACAAUCGUUAAUAAUUUCCGGUAGCUCAAACGAUAACAGUCGCAUCAUACCGGUUGGCAAGUCGACCGAGGCACAGUUAAGCGAAUCGUCCCACGUCGCAGGAAUUUAUCGAGAACCGAACCACAUUUCACCGUGGAUUAUUGUCGGCAUAGUUUUUGCCGCAUUUUUUGUACUGCUUGCCGCGAUGCAUGUGUUUCUGAGGGAGUUUGCGAUCAAACGUCGAUUGCGCUCCAACCAACAGGAACCUCAAGGUAUGGACUCAUCGCAACAGCAGUGGAUUCCAUGCGACAAUGCACAGCUAGCGUCAGCAAAUUCGUCGCUACAAAGUCAGUGAGUUAGGGGAAUAUUUUCCUUUGCAUUAUAUUUUAAGAGGGACGGUUAUAGUGCCUUGUGGCAAAGAUAUGCAAAUGUAACCAAAGUGAAACAUGUAACGAGUAUGAUAAUCAAUCUACACACGCACAAACGUAUUUAAAGCGUGUUGGCGCAAUUAUUGUGAUAAAUUUGCUUGCGAGAAAACGUAUGAAGCUUAUUUUUGUACCGAAGUUUACCGCAGACGGAACUGCUAGGACCAGAGAAACGAACCAAUUGUUAACGAUAUAAAAAGUAUGUAGUAAAGAGAAAGCAAGCCAUAUAAAUGCAGAAAUGCACAAUAUUUACGCCAUUAGAAGAAUAGGUAAUAGUAAUACAAAUUUCCACACACGGAAAGGCGCAGAUAAAAGUGUAAACUGUUAUAGAAUGAUAUGAUGUUUGGUGAUAUUUUUCAUAAGCAGACUGGUAGGUGGUUGUAGUUGAAGGUAAUUUUUUCUCAUUUUAUUACUUUCUUUGCUUAGGUUAGGUUUAGAAAACCUAUCGAUAGGCUGGAAAUUGACGCACAAUGUUUUGAUUUAUUACGGUCUGUUUCUGUUUAGCUUCUAUAUCGAUCUUCCUGGUACACGUGUGCUUUUCUCUCACAUAAUUACUUCAAACCUUCUAUUGAAUUUUUAUCAAAUUUGGCACGUAUACUUGAGUGGUGUUUAUUUGCGUGUUUUUUUGUAUUGCUUUAUUUGAAAAGAAAUUCAGUUCUUUGUCUUGCAAAUGCAUCUAGUGAGAUAAGUACGAAAUAAAGCAACGAUUACCAACUGAA